UGCCCAUACACGUACCGGCAAGCCUGUCAGUUCUGCCUGAACAGUCCGCCGGAGACCGGCGGCCGUAGCGUGUGUGGGGUCCGGCUGGACUGUCAGUUAAGACUGUACCGGCGGCCGGUGAUCGAAUGGAAACUCAUCAGUUCAACCGGCUUGCCGGAAGCUGUUUCAGUCAAAACUGAACGUGUAUGGGGAGCGGCGUCCGACCACCGGCCGAACUUCAUUUGUAUUUCCGAGUUGUUGCUAGUAGUUGUGAAUUGUUUCUGUGAUUAUUUGUGAGUUGUUGUUUUGUGAUUGUGAAAAUGUCACGUGAAAAAGAGAACCAAUGCUUAGAGGAAUUUAUUAGUGUGUAUCAAAGUGAGAAAUGCUUGUGGAAAGUAAAAUCAGCAGAUUAUCAUGAUAGAAUGAAGAAGGAAGCAGCUUACGGACGGUUAAUUGAAGUGUGGAAGCAGGUAGAUCCAAAUUGUAAUAAAUCUACUGUGUUGAAGAAAAUAAACAAUUUGAGAAGUAGUUACCGGAAAGAGUUGAAAAAGGUUAGGGAAGCAACAAAGUCAGGUGCUUCAGCCGAAGAUGUGUACUUGCCAAAACUGUGGUACUACAAUCUCCUGCAUUUCUUGGACGACCAGGAAACUCCCCGCCAGUCAAGGAGUAACUUGAGCGAAGAUGAACAAGUUGGGAACAAUGAGAAUGAGGAAUCCACGCCGAGCGUAGAUGUGCAUGAUGACAGUAUGCGGAUUGCUCCUAGCGAAGACAUCGAAGUGCACGACAUCGAAAGUACUGCUUUACCCGCAUCAUCUAAUAGCAAUGUAAAUCGCUCUAAAGUAUCAUCGAGACCAAAACCAGCAGAUAAUGUUACAUUGACACAUGAAGUUUUAACUACCGUUCAAAAUCAUUUUAAGACACCAAAAAACCCUGAUGAUCGCUUUGAUGCUUUUGGAAAAACGAUUGCACUAAAAUUGAGGGAAUUGCCAAACGAUCAACGCCGGUGGGCAGAAAAGUUUAUAAAUGAUGUUUUGUUUGAAGCAGAGGGUGGUAAUUUAGGCAGUAAUUUUGCGUUGGUUAACCAAAGACCAUAUGAAUACCAACAAUACCAGUCCUUUUCACCACGACAGUUUCCUCCGAUGCGUAAUAUUUCUACAACCAAUUAUUCCCCAUCUACAUCCAUUAGUUCGCAGCACGGAAAUUCCACCCCAUACCAAUCACCACAAUCCAACCAAAACGUAACCCCUCCACCCAACUCACAGGUUUACGUUGACUUGAAUGCGUCACAAUCACAAGACCAGCGUACUACAAAUGCACUUGUAACUUUCCUCUCAGAAUACAAUGAUGUUUCUUAAAUUAUUACAACAAGUUAUUGUCAACAAGUUACAAGUCAACAAGUUAUAAAUUAGUACAGUAUUGUGCUUUAAUUUCGGAAGUUUGAUAACCAUUGAAUUAUGUGUUACAUUUACAGAGUGUCCAUACAAUAUGUAGACUUAUAGAA